UGCGCCGGAGCGCAGCCCUCCGCCUUCCUUCCUCUUCCUCCUCCUCCUCUUCCCCCCGGCCCGUCGCCGAGCGCUGCGAGCGGAGCCAGGGCAGCCGCUGCCCCCCGCCGCUGCUCGCCGCCCUGCCUUGCCCGCCCCCCUCCUCUGUCCCGCCCAAGCCAUGAACUUUGGCCGCGGCCCCGCCGUGGUAUUGAACGUCGGGGGCACCCGGUACUCUUUCUCCCGGGAGGUGCUGAAGGAUUUCCCGCUGCGGCGGGUGAGCCGCCUGCACGGCUGCCUGUCGGAGCAGGACGUGCUGGAGGUGUGCGACGACUACGACCGGGAGCGGAACGAGUACUUCUUCGACCGUCACUCGGAGGCCUUCGGCUUCAUCAUGCUGUACGUGCGGCAUGGGCACCUCCGCUUCGUGCCGCACAUGUGCGAGCUCUCCUUCUACAACGAGCUCAUCUACUGGGGGCUGGAGGGCUCCCACCUCGACUAUUGCUGCCAGCGCCGCCUCGACGACCGCAUGUCCGAGACGUGCACCUAUUACUCGGCCGAGGAACCCCCGGGGGAGCCCGGCGCCGGUCCGAGGGGCAAAGCCCGGCGGGCGGCGGCGGCCGAGGGAGGGAAGUGGCUGGAGAGGAUGCGGCGGACUUUCGAGGAGCCCACAUCUUCGCUGGCAGCCCAGGUGCUGGCCACCGUCUCCAUCCUCUUCGUCAUCGUGUCCAUGGUGGUGCUGUGCGCCAGCACCCUGCCCGAGUGGCGGGCGCCGGAGAACCGCAGCGUGGAGGAGCAGAGCAGGUACACAGCAGAGUCAGUCAGGGAGCCCUCAGGGAUAAUUGAAGCUAUCUGCAUAGGCUGGUUCACUGCAGAGUGCAUUGUGAGGUUCAUCGUUUCAAAGAACAAGUGUGAGUUUGUCAGAAGACCUCUCAACAUUAUUGAUUUACUGGCAAUUACUCCUUACUACAUCUCUGUUCUAAUGACAGUUUUUACAGGGGAAAAUUCGCAGCUCCAGAGGGCUGGAGUCACCUUGAGGGUCUUAAGAAUGAUGAGGAUUUUUUGGGUGAUUAAACUGGCUCGUCAUUUCAUUGGCCUUCAAACACUUGGUCUGACUCUGAAGCGUUGCUACAGAGAGAUGGUGAUGCUCCUUGUCUUUAUCUGUGUUGCUAUGGCAAUUUUCAGUGCACUUUCCCAGCUGCUUGAAAAUGGGCUGGACUUGGGAACAAAGAAUAAGGAUUAUGCCAGCAUCCCUGCUGCUUGUUGGUGGGUGAUCAUCUCUAUGACCACAGUUGGUUAUGGUGACAUGUGUCCCAUCACAGUACCGGGAAGGAUUCUUGGAGGAAUCUGCGUGGUUAGUGGCAUCGUUUUACUAGCCUUGCCGAUCACUUUCAUUUAUCAUAGCUUUGUGCAGUGUUACCAUGAGCUCAAGUUCCGAUCUGCUAGGUAUGGUAGAAGCCUCUCUGCUGAAUUCUUAAAUUGACCCAACUCGAAUUCUGUUGUAGUUACUGGCUAAGCUUUGUCUUAGAAGAGAAUGGUGGAAAGUCCCUCCAUGUUUCCUCCUUGACCGUCCUAUGGAACAACAUUCUCGCCCACCUGGAGAAAGCCCAUCACCAUUCAGACAGGAAGGAUGGCCACCUACCUUGGGCACCUUGCAAGGAGAGAGAGUGAUGUUUCAAAUUUGAGAGAACAAGAUGACAAAACAAGAUUCAGAAGUCCUCAGCCAGAACAGCUUGGUCUUCAGUUUGCCUUUCCACACAAAAGCAGAACAAAUAAAUGGGCUUAACACCAAGGUCUGUCAUUCCCAUAAUUACAUCCUAUAUCAUUCAGAGCAAUGUGUAGCAGAAGUACAUGCAGCUCUGAAUGUUGUAGCAAAGAUCUCCCUAACCACAGUUACUUUCUUUUCUGGAAUCCAACCUUUAAUAGAAGUGUUGUACUUCAUGAAGAUCAACAUAAAAAUACAGGCAUUGAUAAAUGUAUUUUCAGGUAGUUUAGUGGGAGAGCUAUCCAAACUUUAUAUACACUCAGUUCAACUCCAUCCACCUGAAGUUACAUAUUCAUAAGAGGUUUUUUUUCUAUUUAAUUAAACAUUUAUCUGUAUCAUAGUGAAGGCUGUCUAAGACAAAUUAUAAAAUUCCAUCACUUGAAAGAAUCUGGAGAAAGCACUGAAGCUCCCUGUCAAAUGAGACUCUCCAUCAUCUUUAAACUAAGCAAUCCUUAACAAAGGAUACACUUUAUGGAGGUUUUAAAAACAAAUGCCCAAAAUAUAUCAAAGAAAGUGAAAUAUAGAAGUGCAAGUUGCACUUGGCAAAAGGGUAUAUUCUCCAGUGUAACUAGGAAAUUAAAAUGAAUCAAGUUAGGUUCUGAAAUGCUGUUCACUACAUUUCUUGUGUAGUACUGCUAAAUAGCCUUGUACUGUAUAAUUCUGAAAAGCUGCUAUGUAGAACUGUGCAGUUACAUACUAAAACAUGUUUAUGUACAGCUUUACAAAUUUGAGUACCAAUAAACAUCAGUGAGGAACCUUAUUACUAACCUCAAAGUUCAGAGUCAACAGCAUAGUUGAAUUUGGUGUGCUUGCCUUAAAAUAAUGCAUUUAAUAUUACUGCGCUGUAGAAGCAUCUUUUAUAUAUGUAUUUCUUAACAGCUUUAGAAAUAAAAUGAGUACCACCUAGAAAACACAUGUUUGGAACUGCUCACUCAGAGAGAAGUAUCACAUUGGCCAGUGACUGGUAUGUUGAAGGCUCUACCCUGAAAGAGCAUGCAAGACUUGAACAAUGAAUUAGCAUUUUAAGUGGUCUUAGUCUUAAGUAGUCUUAAAGAAAUACAUUGAAAAAUAAAAUUUUUCUGAAGACCUGAAAAGAAUUUUAGCAGCUUUCUGAAAGACAAGCUUGACUUUUCCUUCAGCAGUUUUUAAAGAACGUAUUAUUGAGUAACAUUACAGACAUACCUCCAUUUCUUGCCACUGACACGUUCUGGUGUGCAGGUGGUCAGCUGUAAACUUCCCUGUUCUGCUAUAUUUAUGCCUUUUGUAUCAGAAUUAUGUAGUUCAGGAAUGUGCUCUUGCAUCCCCAGAGAGGUGAAUAUCAGUUAAGCAAAAAAUUCUUAGGUGAGAUUCACAGCUGAUGUUAGCUAGGCAAGUAGUGACUUCAGAGAUACUCAGAUGUCUUACACCAGAGAUGCUGGCUCUGUAUUCCUGCAUGUGUACCUAUAUAUAUCCUGCAUAUAUUAUAUAUUAUAGUCAGUUGCAAUGUUUUCUACUCCUUACAAAAAAAAAAUCCUCCUUGAUAAAAUUGAAAUUUCAACCUUAAAUCCAAACACAGCGGUUUGAAGAAAAUGACAUUUUCAUUUUCUAUUGAAAAGUUUAUUUUGGCAGUAUUAAAAAACAUCCAAUUUUCAAGGAGAAAACUUCUAUUUUUUAAAAAAACUUAUCUCCAUUUUUUUUCCUUUAAAAAUGAAAAAAAAAAAAAAAAACCACAAAAAAACCACCCACUUAAGAACUUUACCCUACAGAUUUUCACAUCAUUUCCCAAGUAUUAACCUUGGGAAAAAUACCAAUAAAAGCCCUUAAAACUGACUUUGUCUUUUGUUCAUUGACCAAAUCAAUGAUCUGAGAUAGAACCCUCCUCUCACAAAACGACUCAUCAUCAGGAUGACAACUGUUUGAAAUUGACAUAGAAUGGAAAUGUACUUUGAAGUAUGUUGCAUUCUUGAUUCCAAGACAAAAUAAAAUACAUUGCAAUACCACCAUAAAUCUAACUUUUAGAUGCCUGUCAAAAGGAAAAAAUAUAUAAAUUAAUGCACAUAUUAACUUGUGAAUACCAAUUUGCAUCAUGAAUCAUUAUGUAUAAGCAAUUAAGUACAGGAAAUUUUCAAAGAUUAACAGAUUUGGGUUAUAUCUGGUACACAAACAAAAUGUUUGAUCCUUUAUGAAUUGUUUUCCAGCUAAUUAAUCCAUUCCCCAGUGUAAAAAGAUUAGCUACUGAAAAUAAUUGUGUAAAGGAAUAAGUCUGUGGAGAUUAUAUACUUUUUAAAAAUUGUUUAUGUUCAAUUUUUGUAUGGCAAAAUGUGGACAGAAUGACCUUAUGUAUUUUUAAUUCAGCUACAAUAAAAUAUUAUUUUGA